CCCAUCUGCCAACUCAGCUGAUCGAUGCGAGCCUGAGAAACGUGCCGAGAACAACAGACAUUCCCCGGUGCGCCAUUGGAGGCACAGUGCGGCCCUGGAGCGGAUGCCCAGGCCCUCUUGCUGAGCGGACGAGUCCGUUUCCAUCGCUCAGCCGCUUCUCGUGUGCAAACUGAUCCAUCAGCGGCUUAUCGUCACUGCCGAACGCCAAUAGCCGAACGCACCACGUAGCGGCCUCUCGUCCGACGGUGAGUCGGAAGAUGCGGCGAUUGGCACAUUCACAAACAGACUAGGACGAUCUGUUUGCGGACUUGUUGGUUGAUUGAGCGUGUGCGGCUGGCCGCCGGCUCAUACUUUGAUAGGCAAGCACUGAUGCACACAACACAUGCAUCAGGUGCCUGCAGGCCAUCUGUGUGCGUGGUCCAUGGUGCAGCUGUCCGUCUGUUUGAGUGAGUGAGAGCGAUGUCGUCGGGUCGUCAGGACAGCGACAUGGCCCCUGCUGGCCCGGUGGACGGUGGCGGUACCGAUGAAGGUACACGCAGCUCAGACAGAUGCAGCACAUCACACAUCACACACAGCAUCAUCGUGUGUGUGGAUGUGUGUGUUCCUUUGCAGACGAUGUAGCCGAGGAGGAGACCAACGGUGGCGGUCAGCACAUAGGGAACAAAGACAAUCGCAAUGAUGGCGUUGACAAGGGUGAGCGACGGGCUGUGAGAUAUAGCAAGCAGCACGGUCACGACUGCUCGUCUGUAUGUGUGCAGGUGUUGGUGGCGGUGUUAGCGGUGUUGGCCGUGUUUGUGGGAGUCGCGGUGUCGGCGUCGGUGAGGGUGCUGGCGGGCAGCAGCGCAGCGGGCAGAGCCGGAGACGACAGAACAGAGGUACACGCCGGCCGACCCACCGCCACACAAAUCAGAAUCGCCGCUCGAGCUCCCUGUUGUGCCAACCACAGGUGCGCCGUUACCACCUGGGUGGAAGAGCUCGGGGGUCGACGUCAGCGUCCCUGCUGGCACUGGUGACGCCAGCUUGAUUCUGUCCAAGGGCAUCAUGGAGCGCGCCAUCACUGACGCACAGCAGGUCACGGACGUUAUCCAGCAGCAGGGAUCGGAUCCCGACUUGAUGGCGGGGCUGCGGGCGAGCUCUACGGGUGCCUAUUUAGCCUAUUCUAUGCUCUCGCUGUGCAUUGACAACCCCAUCGACAACAGCGUGCCGUCCAUCUGGGCAUACGACGGCGAUGCUGGUGCGCGUCCGGUCGUCAUGCCCAUGUGGCAGACCCCCGGCCUCCAGCUCGCCGUCAUGCAGGCUCUGAUCGACAACGGCGCCGACAUCAAUGCGGGUCAGAGCAGCGACCAUACGCCCAUCCGAGUGUCCAUCGCUUCGUGCAACCCGGAGGCAUUCGGCCUCCUGAUGGGCCAGCCAGGUACACACCCAUUCACAGCAUGGUUUACGUCUGUCUUUCUGUCUGUCUGUCUGUCUCUUCCAGGCAUCUAGCUGCAGGGGCGAUACGUGAUCGGUCUGCCGCCCACAUUGCCGACGGACCAGCCGAAUGAGGACAGCGAGGCCACGCUGCUGUCCUUCUACCGGCAGCUCAUCCAGCGGGACAGCACACUCGCGACUGAGCGGGACCCGUGUGGCACCUUGAACCUGGUGCCUUGGGCGGCCUCGAGCCAUCCCGUCUGGUCUCAGCAAUUCAUCGAGAGCUACAUCGACCUGCUGGUGGCCAACGGGGUGGACAUCGCGGCCGUGGACAACGAGGGAGGGACGCCAUUGCAUUUCGCGACCUACAGCGGCUCCCACCGUGUCGCUGCCUCUCUCUGCCGCCGUCUCACCGCUGCUGACAUCAACAGAGGGACGCUGCAUGCCCCCACGCACACACCCCUCCUCGUCGCCGCCCUACAGCUCUAUGACGACACACAACGGCUGCGGGACAUCACGGAGCAGGCCGAGAGGGAUCGGGCCACCAUCCGGAUCUCCAACCUCAAGACCACCAUCCGUGUGCUCCUAACUGUCGGUGGCGACAUCGCCCUCAUGCCCACAGCCACAGAGCGAGAACGCCGUCUUCGCAAGCUGGUGGUGGCGGAGCGCGGGACAGUUGUCAAGGAGCUGAUCAUUCCCGAGCUGCGCCCUGCCACCAUCGAGGCGCAGGAGCGGCUGCAGAAGCUGAAGGAGCACCGCGACAAACACAACACACACAAGAGGCGGCAGGCCACGCGAGAGGCCAGGGAAGCCCCCACAGCGGCCGAGUUGGCGCGGCAGCAGAGGGAAGCCGACGCCAAAGCGGAGGCUCUCAUCAGAGAGGAGGAGGCAACUAUGGCGAAGGCGGGCAAGAAGAAGAGCAAGGGGGGCAAGGGGCAGACGAAGACGGGCAAGGGGCAGCCCAGCACAGCCACAGCCACCUCCACCUCCACCAGCAGCCCGCCGGGUGGCGAAGACGACCAGGCGGACAGCACUGUGGCAGCGGAUGACGCUGAGGAGGACAGCGACGCCCUGCUGCUGGAGUCUACCUUCGCCAGCCGCGCCAUCGAAAGGCAGAAGCAGACAACCAACCCCAAACAGUACAAGGCGGCGGCACCCACCAGACCCGAGCCAGCUACCCACACCGAAGAGUCGACUCGUCCCCCCUUCUCGCCCUUCCAGCCCCCCACGGCCAAGCACAAAACGACUGAGCAGCUGUCAGCUGACCGUCUGCUGCUCUCCCGCCCCAGCGGCAUGUCGACGGCCGACCAGACGCCCCGCGAGGAGCGCCUGCCGCGCCCAUCGGCAGGCAGCAAGUUGGGCAGAGGCAGGGGGCUGGGCGUGCCAGCUGCUGCACCAUCCUCAGCGGCUCGGCCGGUCCCUCCCUCUCCCUGUCUGCCGUCGGCUGAGGAGCUGCGCGAGUCGGCCAAGCGGCCUUCGUUUGUGUCGUCGACCCCACCCCCUCCGCCCCUCCCACCUGCACACCAACCGGCGAGCGGUGCCGAUGAGGAAUUCCCGCCUCUAGGGCAUGUGUCACAGCAGCUGUAAGCAGACAGACACAGAGAAGGGGAUGGACGGAUGUGCACAAUGAAUGGCGCUGCUGUGUGUCGUCGUCUCUCUUUGUAUCAGUGACGGCCUGUUUGCCUCUUCGUCAAGUGGGUAUCGUCCCUCAUAUCACCGCGGCCCUCCGCCACUCGUCAAGUACCCCAAGUCAGGCACAUACAGGCCGAUAUGAGGCCACCUCACGGACACACCGGUGGGUGACGGUUCUGCAUGCAACUCUUCAGGCCGUUGGGGACUUCGUUGAGUCACGACGACACCCGUCAGUCGCCAUUCUGCGAGCCAAGGUGCGUAUACGUGAGCUGCCGACCAACACACGCCACAUGGCCGCCACCAAAUCGCCAUGUCUGUGUUGCAUCGUGUCAGAUCCGCGUUUGAUGCCUGUCCCUCGUCCAGUAGCUACGACCAUCCCAGUGCUGCACCAGCAGCAGCAGCAGCCGCAUUCGCAACAGCAUCAGCAUCAUACCAAGAGCCACUACUAGCGUGGACAGGCUGACCCACCCACACCACACCACACAGGCGGCUCGUCACGUAUUGGCUUUGCGUGUGCUACCAGGUCAUCGCACUAUGAUGAGGGCGGACAGGACGCCCCGGUGUCGGCACACCUUGCUGCUGCUCCCAAUGCUGUAGAUGAUAGGUGGGUGUCGAUUGGCUGUCUCACUUCUCAGUGUCCACAUGUCUGUAUGUGUGUGUAUGUGUGUGUGUGUGUGCAGGGUGGGCGUGUCGUUGCGGGAGGCUCAGCUGCAGCGCGAGAAUGAGGAGCUCAAGCGAAGGUACACACAAUCCCAUAAUACAGCACAUGAGAAUGAAACGAAACUGUCCCGUUGGUCGGUCAGACUUGCCGAGCUCACCACCGCCCAGCAGCACCAGCAUCCUUCCCCCGGACAUCCCUCUGGCCAGCUGAUACAUACAUUUCACACACAAUCAAACGUAGAUCAGUGA